GUUCCGGUGCAAUAGUUGGUAACCUGAAGCUUGCAAUGGGCAAGGCCCCAGUCAUCUCCCAAUCACGAUCUUCGUCGUUCACACGCACAUUCAAGACUGGAAAAUUGGAAGUCACCCCGCCAUGGGCACUAUUUGGCAGUACGGGAACGACGUCUCCGACAAGCCGAACGAGCCGUCUCUCAAACUCACUGCCAAAGAACUGAGUGUUGCCAGUAUCCCCAUGCGCACCUACGUCAUGCCUUCUUUCACGCUGAUGGUUGCAAAAUCCGAACAGCAACAAAUAUCGGAUAAGAGCCUGAACGCCACCUAUGUAGCUGGGGAAGAAUUCACUCAGCUCUGCAGCCACAAAUCAAACGUCUCAAUUAUGAAGGAGGGAAUCAUCAAACAAUCUGUCACAGACCACAACUUGACUUACACUUACGAAGAUGCCGAAACCAUGACUACAAAGGCGAAAGCUUUCUUCAAGAUAUACAACCAUCCACGUCAAGGGUGGGCUGUGUUUGACACAGACUAUGAUGACUACGACAACAGCUGUGGAGACGGCAGUUUCAACAGGCUAACGACCUUCAAAGCAACACUAGACGAGUGGCCGUCACACGUGACUGAUAGUAAUAAAGCCUGA